AUUCCUUCUUCCUUUUCGUGCGACCGUGUCACCGCGUGGUUCGCAGCGGCGUUUCGUGUUAGAAACAAAAUCAAAAUGGCUAUCAGACCUGUUUAUAGACCCACAAUCGUCAAAAAGAGGACGAAAAGAUUCAUCAGACAUCAAUCUGAUCGCUAUGACAAACUUAAGCGUAACUGGCGUAAACCCAGAGGUAUUGACAACAGAGUGCGCAGGCGUUUUAAGGGCCAGUACUUGAUGCCCAGCAUUGGUUACGGAUCAAACAAGAAGACCCGUCACAUGCUACCUAAUGGAUUCCGUAAGGUGUUAGUCCACAAUGUCCGUGAGCUGGAAAUCCUCAUGAUGCAGAAUAGGAAGUACUGCGCCGAGAUCGCCCACGCCGUCUCCUCCAAGAAGCGGAAGGCUAUAGUGGAACGAGCCCAGCAGCUCAGCAUCAGGGUGACAAACGCUGCAGCGCGCCUCCGCAGCCAGGAGAACGAAUAACUUUAAUUAUAUGUUACAUAUAAA